GAGGUGGACUCUCUCUCUCUCUCUCUCACUCAAACACUAACAUAGUACACACACUCACAGCAUUCCCUCUGCGCACCGCUCUGAUCUAUACACACUCGAACGCAGCACGCAAGCAUCGCUGUGCUACUGUCUUGGAAAAGACAAUAGGUGCGCAUCCUAUGAAGCGCUGUUUUGUUUGUUUUUACUGUUCUCAGCAAACGAGGAAAUAUCAUCUUAUUCUGACAUACUCUGGAGUUUGGAAGCACCUGCUCCUGUUCUGGGGUCAACAAUUUCAAAAGAGACUUCUGAGACAGUGAUAGAGACACCAGAGCAAGGAUGUGUGGGGUGGACGUGGACGUGGACCUGGAUGAGGGGAGCUCAGGUGACGAGGAGAAGGAGCAGGAGUUCUGGGUGGGGGAGGGGGUGAAGAUGCUGCCCCCUCCCCUAGCCCACAGUGAGGGCAGCGCGUGGGGCAGCCGCCGGGGCAGGUGUGGCUGUGUGGCGUGUGGGGCGGGGCUGCUGUUGUGGAACGUGGGCGUGGUCCUGGUGUGUGUCCUGGUCCUGAUGGCCGUGUUCACCCUGGUCCUGCUGCCCGCCUCGCUGCUGCUCUACGUCGGCUUCCUCUGCCACUCACGGGUCCUAGACUCCCACUCUCCUUUCUGCCGUUACCUCGACGACAACAGCUGCUCCGCCCUUAUUAUCCUGGGCUUCGUGAUGAUGUCACCGCUGGUGGUGGUGGCGGCAGCCAUCUUCUGUGGGCUUCUCCGGAGGCUGCGACUCCUCCUGCUGUUUCAGCCAAUCACACGCGCCUGGUACCGUGGACAGGGCUUGGACUGGGGAGGCGACAUCCGUGCUUGGGUCUGAUUGGACCAAAGCUCUAAUAAACCAGUUGUCAAAAAGUUUAAUAGGUCAACGGUCAAGAGAGAAUCCAGUCCUGGAAAAUCGCUGUGUCACCUAAUGUAUUUAGUGUCCUAUUAAACUGUAGUGAAUGUCAUACAUUCAAAUGGAUAUAACGGGAACCAGUCCAAUUAUUUAAAAACAGAGCUUGACAUGUGAACAAGGCAGUGGUUAGGGGAGUAUUGCUAGUCAGAGAGGAGACAGUGGAGGUAAUGGUGGGAUAUACUAGCAGCUGUUCUCUGUGAAUUUGUAUUGGUUAUGUAUAUUUUUAUUUUUCUGUUAUCAAUUAUCUGUUAACAUAUAGUUGUGAACAUGAUGUAGCAGAUAAACUAAACAGUAUUGCAUAAAUUGUCACUCAAAUUA